AUGCAGAACAUGUCGAGGCGCUUUGGCCGCAUGACAACCAAGUCAUCUGCAGACGACAGCCAAAUCGCUGUACUCCUCAAGGACUUCGACGAUGCAGACAUGCUUCUGGGCAAGAUCGUGGAAUCUACUCAAGCCUGGCGCGAUGCUUGGAUCUCUAUCGCGACGCACCAGAGUCGUCUUAUCGACGAGUUCGACGGCCUCUAUGGCCCUAUUGUUGGCUCCUCCGAAACACCGUCCAACCAUAAAGCCGUGGAUACAGAUCCUAGCAAAUUGGCUCGAACGAAUCGAUUGCGGAAAGAAUAUGAUGAGCUCCGUACCGAUAUUGUGGAGGAGCUCGGUGCUGUUGAUACUCGCAUGACCCAGCCAGCUGCGCAUGCCAAAGAAUCCCUGGCACCAAUGAAAAAGACAAUCAAAAAGCGCAAUGAAAAGAAGAGCGAUUUUGAAAUCUCUCAAGGUCGUGUUGAUAGCUUGAUGAGAAAAUCCAAGCGCACUGAUCGCGAAAAUGCAAGCCUGGCAAAAGCAGAGGCAGAACUCGCCAAUACGAAAGAGGCAUACCAAGCUGCCGACCACGAUCUACGACAGCGACUUCCGACACUGGUCGCUCUCAUCUUCUCUUUGACACCAUACCUCCUUGAAGCACAGAUUGAGAUCCAAAACCGCAUGCUUGCAACUUAUUACACAGUUCUCCAUACCUUUUGCGAAGAAGAGGGAUUCGAAUCCCCGCCGCCAGCCAUGGAACAAGUGGUCCGGGACUGGAACUUUGCUUUCCACCCAAUUCAAGCCCAAAUCGAAAACUUCGGCUGCUUGGCCCAAGGCAAAACCUUUCGUCGAGCGUCGGCUGACCAGGAAAACAAAAAGCGCCCCUCAAUGGGUAGUCGCGUACACAGCACCGCCUCAUCGACCUCCUUGGGAAGUUCAUUCCGCAAGGGAUCACAAACACCAGCAUCAUCGACCCAGACCCCAUGUGUACCAGAAUACCCUCCUUCUCCACCCCUGUCAACGAUUAGCCAUAACAGCAAUCCAAUUCCUGUUGGAAACGCUGCAAGUUCCAAGCCCCUCUCCUCCGGCGGCGACUACUUCGAUCCUCCGCGUCCGACAUUCCUGCCAACCCCACAGCCCACUCCUAUGCCGGCUGGUGUGGUGAGAUCUCCCGCUGGGCCUAACAUCGACUCUUUUCAGGCCAAGGUCAGGCCCGCGGGCGGUGCAUCUCAGAAUUCCAUGGCUGCUGUAAUGGAGAAAAAGAGACCGCCGCCGCCGCCACCGGCGUCUUCUCGUCCAGUGUUUGUUACAGCCUUAUAUGACUUCGCCGGUCAAGGGGAUGGUGAUCUGGUCUUCCGGGAAGGCGACCGCAUCCGCGUUGUGAAGAAGACGAAUAGCACGGACGACUGGUGGGAAGGUGAAUUACGGGGGCAGCGGGGACCAUUCCCUGCAAACUAUGUUGAGUGA